AUGAAUCACGAUAUGAGUGGCAUGGGCGGCAUGGGCGGCAUGGGCGGCAGCGGCAUGGACGGCGACAAAAAGCCCGGCUGCAAGAUGAACAUGGAAAUGCUGUUCAACUGGGAUGUCAUGAACACAUGUUUUCUGACUCCUUCUUGGCAUAUUACCGACUCUGGCAAGUUUGGCGGCACCUGUGUGGGUAUCUUUUUCUGGGUGAUGCUCACGGAGAUGAUCCGUCGCUUUGCGCGUGAGUACGACCGGUACAUUGUCGCAUCUGCUACGACAAGGCUCGCGCAGCAGCUGGACGGGAACCCUAGUAUAGUUGACAGCUAUGUCAACCAAAGUCGGUCUUUGGAAAAAGAUGCUGUACCAAUCUCUUCGCAGAGCGGGCCAAAUGAGCGCGGUCUGCUUCGCGGCAUCGAUCCUUGGCCGAUUCGUCUCCGUCCCACCCUGCUCCAGCAGAUCAUUCGUUCCUUGUUGUAUGGCGUCCAAUUCACAAGCGCGUACUUGAUAAUGAUGAUUGCAAUGUCGUUCAAUGCGUACGUCUUUAUAUGUAUCAUGCUCGGUGCCUUCUUUGGCUACUUGCUCUCUUCCUGGGACACGCUCGGCACUUUUUCCCUCAAUUCUAGCGCAGAGAGCACGGCGCCGUGCCACCCUGGCGGCCCUUCCGCUGCGCCCAUAAUCAACAUACGGAGCGCCUACAGCACAGGCGCCGCGCCGCGCGUCAACCUCGAGCAGAAGUUGCCGCUCACGCAGGAUAUACACGUUGUAGAAUCCUAG